AGGUACAGGGACAACCGGGUAGAGUUGUGGACCACGUUACACGAGAUGUCGAUGCAGUGGGAAGCAUGGACGCAGAAGUCCAUCGUUGGUCCAUCCGUCGUCGUCGAUCACCGUAGACCGAUCGGAUCCAUCGGUCACAUCGCGAGCAGUGGAAUCGAAGGCGGAAGUCAAGAAUUCUAUGGAAGAGACCACUCGUGCAGACUGCAUGUGUUUGGCGACUCGCAGAAGUAUUCUAGCUACAAGUGGUGUGCUUCUAUUCGAUGAUUCUGGUAUCUUGACUUUAACAAGAUCUCUGGCGUGUCAAUUUCGUUUCAGACAUGUGGCCAGAUGAGUUGAUUCUUCGUACAACCGGGUUCCUUUUCGCUGGUGGGAGUGUGGAUUCCCAUGGCUGCUUUCUUUAGCAUAAAUUAAACGUAAUGUCGAUCUGAUGUUACUAACAUUCUCUUGAGUUCCAAACUUUGUUAAUUUCUGUUCACCAGAAUUGUAUGAUGUGGAAUGCUUGUCAGAGCAUCAUACAUAUGAA